AUGGAGAUCGUGGUUUCCCACUACGUUAUAGAGUUGGCACAUUUAUUGGACCAGGGGACAACAUGUGUUACGAGAGGUCCAAGGCAGGUUCCUGAUAUGGACCAGGUGCCUAAUGUCCCUUACAGACGUUGUGUUGAGCAGAGACGUUGUGUUGGGACACGUUUGAGUCAACAUGAGUGGAGGUGGCUCGACGAUGCGAUUGGUGUAUUAGAGGGCAAGGGUCGAGGCCAUAGAGGAAGUAGGGGUCCUAGCCGAUGGGGUUGGAGGGGUGGUAGUCGAGGUAGAGCUCCAUGUGGAGGAAGAGACAGAGAUGAUGAUGAUGAUGAUGAGGAUAAUGGUGGAGAUAAUCCUAGAGAUGAUGAUGUUAACGGUGGUCGUGAUGGAGUUGAUAGAGGAGGACACAAUGAUGGAGAUGAUGUUGGAGUUGGUGAUGGUGGUGGAGUAGGUGGCGGAGGAUAUGACGGUGGAGUUGUUGGUGGUAUGAGUAGUGGUGGGUUUAGAGGGGGUGGCAGAGGUGUUGAUGAUAGAUAUGAUGGAGGGAUGGGCAGAUGUUUAGGGGGAGGUGUGGGAGGUUCCGGUGGUGCAGGAGAUGUUGGUAGAGAUUGUUACGGUUUGGGUGCACAGGCUGAUCUGGGGUCUAGUGAUUAUUUUGUCGGGGUUCCUAGCAGCGAUGAGACAGUGUAA